AGUGCCAUGCGAUACUGUCCCUGCAUGUUGUUAUGGAAAAAAAGGUUUAGAAAGAGCUGAAAGCGUCUUCUGCAUAAACAAAGUCAAAAAUCCGAACCUAUAAAGCAAUUAUCGCCUCCACCAGGCUGAGUUGACGCUCUCUCUGGACAAUCUCUGCGUGACGGCUGUCAGCGAGUCUGGAAAAAGGACCUAUUCCAUAAGGCCCAGAUAUGCGGAUACGUCCCACUAAGAACAUUGGCAGCCUGCACUCAGUAGGAAUAAUGCCGGGAGUAUAACGUUCUGGCUGAAGAAGCUCAUCCAGAUCAAAAAUGGCGGAAACCGUCGGUGAAAAAUACCUGUUCCAGAAUCCAGAAAUUGCCUGCGAUUUACUAAGACAACUUAACAGUCUGAGGCAGGCAAGCUUGCUCACCGAUGUGAUUAUUUGCACUGACAGUUGUGCGUUUCCAUGCCACAGAAAUGUUCUAGCCUCGAGCAGCCCUUACUUCAAAGCAAUGUUCUGUAACAAUUUUAGAGAGAGCAGCGAAGAAAGGGUGACGUUAAAUGGCGUUGACCCAGAAACAUUGCGCCAAAUUAUCCUCUAUGUUUACACUGGUGAGAUUCUUAUCACCCAGGAGAAUGUGUUUCAUCUCAUCGAGGCUGCUUCUAUGUUCCAGUACGAGAAAAUACUGCAAGCCUGUUCCAAGUUCCUUCAGGACCAACUGACUCCUCAAAACUGCUUGAGCGUGAUACGUCUUUCUGAAUUUUUCAGCUGUGAAAAUCUUAAAAAGAACGCUCGAGACAUGGCUUUUCGGUGCUUCUCAGAGGUGUCGAUUUCUGAGGACCUUAAAGAGCUCUACGCUCAAGAAUUGCUAGAUUAUCUUGGAGAUGAUGACCUGUGUGGUGAGGAGGAGCAAGUGUUUGAAGCCCUUAUGACGUGGGUCCGACAUGACCUCCAAAGGCGUAAAAGCUACAUGGCGGAUUUGUUCCGAAAAGUUAGGCUUCAGUAUGUUCACCCAACUUUCCUUUUCCAUUUUAUUGCCAAUGAUCCACUUAUCCAGUCCUCUUCUGUUUGCAGAAGUACCUUGGAGUCAGCAUGCAAAGUUCUGUUUUCUUGUCACUCAUCCGUUGUACCAGAUGUCAAGCCACUGUGGCAUGUUCCUCGAAGGUUUUCUCACCAGGAGUUCCUCAUCAAUGUUGGAGGCAGAAAGGACAGCCAGCAGACCACGAGAGAUGUCUUGUUGUACAGCGAGAAGACAAACCAAUGGCUGAGACUUGCCAAGCUUCCAUUGCGCCUUUACAAGGCUUCUAGUGUUGGCAUGCAUGGCAAUGUUUACGUCUUAGACGGGCUAUCCACAUACAACAAGACAAGCACUGUCGUUUCUUCUGUCUAUAUAUUGUCCCUAAAGUUGAACCAAUGGCGGAAAGGUGAACCAAUGCUCGUUCCAAGAUACUCCCAUAGAAGCAUAUCAUUCAAAAACUAUAUAUUCUCUAUUGGAGGAAUUGGUGAAAAGCAAGAAAUUCUGAGCUCGAUGGAAAGGUUCGACAGCAUUUAUAACGUCUGGGAGGUUAUGGCAAACAUGCCCGUUGCUGUUCUUCAUCCAGCCGUUGCUGCCAAAGAUGAAAGAAUUUAUCUUUUUGGAGGAGAGGAUGUUAUGCAAAAUCCUGUCCGACUUAUACAGGUUUACAACAUUUCUAGAAACAUGUGGUUCAGGAUGGAAACGAGAAUGGUAAAGAAUGUCUGCGCGCCGGCUGUUGUAAUCGGAGAGAAGAUCAUCAUAAUAGGAGGCUAUACAAGAAGAAUCAUUGCUUACGAUAUGAAGCAAAACAAGUUCAUGAAAUGUGCUGAUAUGAAGGACAGGCGGAUGCACCACGGAGCCACGGUCCUCCAGAACAAGCUUUACGUGACCGGUGGCCGCUAUCUCACUGCGGAUAAUACCAUAGAGGAUUCCGACUCGUUUGACUGCUACGAUCCGGAGACAGAUACGUGGACCUCGAAGGGGAAACUACCCAGCAGACUGUUUGAUCACGGAUGCCUCACACUUCACUGUAGCCCAUCUAAUUUACAUUAGAUACAAUCUUGCCAACCAAGGCCGAGAAUGUCAGGGUCCACCAGGAAAUGAACAAUUUGUGUCCACAAUGAAGACAAACGUCCACUGUCAGGAGACACAAUGAGUUGGAU